UCUAUCCUUAUCUCACAUCAUCGAGGCUCAGGAACCGGUGUGGUACCUUGUGCCACUAUUACCUAUCUGGGUAUUAUGGGUAAUGGUUGUUGUUGCAGAAACGAAUAGAGCGCCAUUUGAUCUCCCUGAGUCUGAGGGCUGGGGGCUAAAGCGGGCUUAUCUUAACCCCCGGGCUUCAAAUAACCGGGAUCCAAAGGAUCCCCCUUCAAAGAAGCCCCCCCCCCCUAAGGCCCCUCUAAGCCCAUGA